CACAGUUUAGGCGCCAUUUACAAGUUAGGGGUUUCGAGUAGGAGAGAGCGUCGGUAUGACACGGGGCUAAUUUUUGGAUUAUAUUUGACGAACCUUGGAUUGCCACACGCUUUCUCGAAGUCUUGCUUUGGAUGAGACGGAUAUACUUUUUAUAGACCGUGUGUACGUUGUGGAAGAGUUCAAAUCAUGCCAUCCAAAACUGCAAAGAGUUCAACUGCCGCCUCCAAGCCAAAAGGGAAAGGGUCGCAGCCUCGGGAUGACUCCGAAGACGAGCUGGAUGUACCCCCUCAAGAAACCAACUCCAAUGGCCAAAAGGAGGCACCACCGACAACUGAUCCGUCUCAGGGUGAAGCUGCCGAGGUGGUUGAUAAUCGAAGUUUGGAGGAGAUUCUCGGUAGCAUCCCUCCACCCCCGCCCCCAGCAAUGACCAAUGAACCGGGCGCUCCCCGCCUGAUGAUAACACAUUUAGUUAAUCGCAACUUUAAAUCUUAUGCAGGCGAGCAGAUUCUGGGGCCUUUUCACAAGCGCUUUUCCUGCAUCAUUGGUCCAAAUGGAAGUGGGAAGUCCAAUGUGAUAGAUUCAAUGCUUUUUGUGUUUGGAUACAGAGCCCAAAAGAUCAGAUCGAAAAAGCUUUCAGUGCUGAUUCACAGUUCUGACAAACACAAAGAUGUGCAAAGCUGUACUGUGGAGGUGCAUUUUCAAAAGAUUAUUGAUAAGGAAGGAGAUGACUACGAAGUCAUCCCCAACAGCAAGUUCUAUGUUUCCAGGACUGCCAGCAAAGACAAUUCUUCAGCCUACCAUAUCAAUGGAAAGAAAGCAACGUUCAAAGAAGUGGGGGCUUUACUCCGAAGCCAUGGUAUUGACCUAGACCACAACAGAUUUCUGAUCUUACAGGGUGAGGUGGAGCAGAUUGCUAUGAUGAAACCUAAAGGUCAGACAGAGCACGAUGAGGGCAUGUUGGAGUACCUGGAGGACAUCAUCGGCUCAUGCCGCCUCAAGGAGCCCACCCAAACUCUAUCCCGCCGCAUUGAGCUACUGAAUGAGCAGAGAGGAGAGAAGCUUAACAGAGUUAAGCUAGUAGAAAAGGAGAAGAAUGCUUUGGAGGGAGAAAAGAACAAAGCUGUGGAGUUCCUCACCCUGGAGAAUGACAUUUUUAAACACAAGAGUCAGCUCUGCCAAUAUUACAUACAUGAUCUGCAGAAACGUGUGGUUGAUAAAGAGCAGGAGAAGCAGAGGAUCUUAGAGGAUACCAAGGAGCUUACUGAAAAAAACACAAUAAUAUCACAAGAGAUGGACAAAAUGAACCAGGAGCUCAAAAAUGUGGAGAAGAAACAAAAUAAGCUCAACAAGUACAUUGAGACCCAGAAGGAGAAUUUCAACCAGCUGGACUUGCAGGAUGUUGAAGUGCGUGAGAAGAUUAAACACUCUAAGAGCAAGAACAAGAAACUGCAGAAGCAGCUGGAAAAAGACAAAGAAAAGCUGGAGGAAGUGCGCGGUAUACCCGCCAGCAGUGAAAAGGCCAUUUCUGAGGCAACAGCUCGCAAGGAAGAGCUGGAGAAGCAGAAGGUGAAAGAAGAGGAAAAGCUUAAGGAGGUGAUGGAGAGCCUGAAGGAGGAGACCAGUGGUCUGCAACAGGAUAAAGAGACUAAAGAGAAAGAGCUAAUGGAGCUCAGUAAGGCUGUAAAUGAGACCCGCUCUCGAAUGGACCUAGCUCAGUCAGAGCUUGACAUCUACCUUAGCCGUCACAAUACAGCUGUGACACAGCUCAACACAGCCAAACAGACACUUCAGACAACCUCUGACACAUUGCGGGAACGCCGGGCCGCCAUCAAAGAUUUGGAAGUGAAAAUACCCCAGAAAGAACAAGAACUGAAGAAGGAUGAGAAAGAACUGGAGCAGCUCAUGAAAGUGGAUAAUGAGACAAAGGAAGUGGUGAGGGACAUGAGGCAGAAGGUGGAUGAAGCCAAGAGCGCUCUGUCUUCUACCCGCAGCCGAGGAAAGGUCCUGGAUGCUCUCAUGCAGCAGAAGAAGAGUGGCAAAAUCCCUGGGAUCUUUGGAAGACUGGGAGACCUUGGAGCUAUAGAUGAGAAGUAUGAUGUGGCCAUUUCCUCUAGUUGUGGUGCUCUGGACAAUAUUGUGGUGGAUACUAUUGACACCGCUCAGAAAUGUGUCACGUUCCUCAAAGAACAGAAUAUUGGUGUUGCCACCUUCAUUGGUCUUGACAAGAUGAAGGUGUGGGAGAAGAACAUGGCUCCCAUUCACACGCCAGAGGGCAGCCCUCGUCUCUUUGACAUGGUGCGAGUGAAAGACGACAGUGUGCGACCAGCUUUUUACUUUGCCCUUAGGGACACCUUGGUGGCCCAGGACAUGGAGCAGGCCACAAGAAUGGCCUUCCAGAAGGACAGACGCUGGAGAGUGGUCACCCUGAAAGGACAGAUAAUUGAGAUGGCUGGAACCAUGACUGGAGGAGGAAGAGUGCUGAAGGGCAGGAUGGGUUCUUCUAUCGGAACUGAAGUCUCCCAAGAGGAGCUUGACCGUAUGGAGAGCAAGCUGAACGACAAAGUGUCAAAGCUGCAGGGCUGCCAAGAAAAAAGGCUGCAGCUGGAGGAGAACGUCCAGCGCCUGCGACCGCAACUUCGGGACAUGAAGAACACCCUGGAAAAAUAUUCCAACAGCAUGAACAGUCUCACUGACCAGGAAGCUCACUUGAAACUUCAGCUUAAGGAACUUGAGGCCAAUGUGCUGGCAGCUGCCCCGGACAAGGCCAAACAAAAACAGAUGGAAAAGAGCCUUGAGUCUUUCAAAAAAGACUAUGAAGCAGCAUCCAGUAAGGCUGGGAAGGUGGAAAAUGAGGUGAAAAGACUCCACAACCUGAUUGUUGAUAUAAAUAGCCACAAGCUAAAGGCUCAGCAGGACAAGCUGGACAAGGUCAACAAGGAUCUAGAUGACUGCUCCUCCACCAUAACAAAGGCCCAAGUGGCCAUAAAGACGGCAGACAGGAACCUCAAGAAAUGUGAGGAGAGUGUGACUCGUGUGCAGGAUGAGCUGGAGGAGAAUGUAAAGUUGACAGGGGAACUUGCAGAGCAAUUGAAGAAGCUGGAAGAUGAGGCUGGAGAGAUCAUGAAGGCCUGUCAGGAGGCUGAGGCUGCGCUCCCAGAGGUGCAGGAGCAGUACCAGGGGGUGCUGAAGGAGAUAAAGGUGCUUCAGCAGCAGGAGCAUGCACUGCAGGAGGAGUCCCUUAGCGUUCGGCUGCGCAUCGAACAGACCGAGGCCACUAUUACUGAACACAACAACAAGAUCAAACACUGGCAAAAGGAGGCCACCAAGCUUUCACUUCAUGCCAUUGAAGACAAGCCAGCAGAAGAGCUUCCUGUGUACACACCAGCUGACCUUGAAAAGAUCUCUGAUCCCAACAUCAUUAUCAACAAGAUGCUCACGCUGGAGACUCAGUGCACUCAGAUGAAGCCGAACCUUGGUGCCAUUGCUGAAUACAAGAAGAAGGAGGAGCUGUACCUGGAGCGUGUGGCUCAGCUGGAUGAGAUCACGACAGAGAGGGACAAAUUCAAAGGUGCCUUUGAGGACCUGCGCAAACAGCGUCUCAAUGAGUUCAUGACUGGGUUCAACAUGAUCACUAAUAAGCUGAAAGAAAACUAUCAGAUGCUCACGCUGGGGGGUGAUGCCGAGCUGGAGCUGGUGGACAGCUUAGACCCGUUCUCUGAGGGCAUCAUGUUUAGUGUUCGUCCACCAAAGAAAAGCUGGAAGAAGAUUUUUAACCUGUCGGGAGGAGAAAAGACCCUCAGCUCAUUGGCACUGGUGUUUGCUCUGCACCAUUAUAAACCCACACCGCUUUACUUCAUGGACGAGAUUGAUGCUGCUCUAGACUUCAAGAACGUCUCCAUUGUGGCCUGUUACAUUUAUGAGCAAACCAAGAACGCUCAGUUCAUCAUCAUCUCGCUGAGAAACAACAUGUUUGAGAUCGCUGAUCGUCUCAUCGGCAUCUACAAGACUCACAACACCACCAAGAGUGUGGGAAUCAACCCCAAAACCAUCGUGUUCAAGGAGCACGGGGCUAUAACGGCCUAAAGCUCAGUCAGUUUCUCUUUACUCGCCAUGUAAAUAUUUUAUGUUUUUAUGUUGUCCUUUUUUAAAAAUGACAUGCUGCUAUUCUUUUUACUAUCUAUCCAAUAAAUGAGUUUGGAAUGUUUCAA